UGGCAUCGUUAUUUAUUAGCUUUGCCUAGCUCUCUGAGACUGCUGUCAACCUGCGUUUUGCGCUAAGCUAGCUUUAGCUUUAAACAUUUGUGUCCGUCAGUAAUGACUUCAAACACAUCUCUACCUCAGUGACUUGAAGACUGUGUUCGUAUUACUAACUGUUGAAGACGAUGGGGGUGUCGCAGAGCUCGUUUCUGUCGGAUGGAGGAACUUCUAGUGGAUAUCAUGUUCAUGGGCUUCAAGAGGACUCUCCAGCUCUGAGGGCCGGUCUGGAGCCUUUCUUUGACUUCAUUCUCUCCAUAGGGAAUACCCGACUCAGCAAAGAGGGCGACCUGCUGAAAGACCUUCUGAAGGCCAAUAUGGAGAAAGCGGUGAAACUAGAAGUGUACAACUCUAAAACCCAGCGGGUGAGGGAACUGGAAGUCACUCCCAGUAACAUGUGGGGGGGGCAGGGUCUGCUGGGGGCCAGUGUUCGCUUCUGCAGCUUUGAAGGAGCCAAUGAGAACGUUUGGCACGUCUUGGAUGUGGAAACCAACUCUCCUGCAGCCUUGGCCGGCCUUAUUGCUUACGAUGACUUCAUCGUAGGAGCCGACCAGGUGUUGCAAGACUCAGAGGAUUUCUUUUCUUUGAUUGAGGCCAACGAGGGGAAGCCUCUGAAGCUGCUGCUGUACAACACUCAGACCGACAACUGCAGGGAGGUGGUGGUGACUCCCAAUGGAGCGUGGGGAGGAGAGGGGAGGUGUGUCUUCUUAAUAUCUGCAUCGUUUAUUAUCAUGUCACCCAUAUAG